CGUGCGCAGCUACUGAACACAUCAUGACUGCCUACCUGUCCUUCUUCUGCCUCUCAUCACUUCUACUGCUCAGCUUCAUCACAGCCAAACCGCUGUCUGAGUUACAGGAGAGCCUAAAGGAGCUGCUGGAGGAGGAGGAAGCAGCCGGGAACGUCGCUCUCUUCAGCGCGGAGGAGGCGCAGACAGAAGCGGAGGGAGAACGGGAAGGAGGAACCGCGGAACGCCGGGCUCUGAGCAGCUGGACCGGAGGUGACAUCACCGCUGCGCUGGCGGCUAAAGAGAACGCCAUAGACCGGCUACUCGGAGACAUCCUGACCGUGUCCAAACGCAGCCGCUUCAAGAAAGGAGGGCUGAGGAGCUGCUUCGGCGUUCGACUCGAGAGAAUCGGUUCCUUUAGUGGACUCGGAUGCUGAACGAGUCAGGUUUGGGCUGUGCUGGAAUUGGAUGCUGAAAAUUCUUACUUGAACUCCAUGGGCAGGGCAUAUCUCACCUAUUGACAUGUUUACAGUUGUGUUCAGAUCAUUGUUCUUGAGUGUUAUGUAUUUAGUGCUAACUGUGGUAACUGAAUUGUAAAUAGUUGUUUUUUAAUCCCGUCAUCUGCUGCUUUUUACUGUUUCUGAAUUGGUGUGCUGUUGUAUCUAUUUAUUUCAUGUUCAUAUACAUAUGUUAUAGAGUGCAUGAUGCUACGAAAUAAAUAUUUUGCAUAA